AUGGGACGAAAACGACCGACUCGGAUUCCACGUUUACCACCAGCAAAAAGAAUGAUACUUCGAACUAUUGGACUGCAUGGUGUACCAGAUUUUGAAGCGCCACCACGAGGAGGAUGUACACCUUUUUUACAAGUACUCCCAGCUCCAUCACAACAUUAUCAACCACAUUUAUUGUAUAAUAGUUCAUGGCAAAAACCCAACUUUGAAACAUACUUGGCAGAUCCAGAUGGAUCGAUUCUCUUUGAGGUGAACACGGAGGUGCAAGGUGAUGUUUUGGUGCGAUGUUUUCACGCUAAUACAACGAAUAUUGUGGGCAAGCACAUGGUCAAGAUGUUUCAUUUUACGUUCAAUACGGAUUUCUUUCACAAAUACAGUAACAUGUAUCGACUGCCAAAAGCGGAAGUGGAUGAAGCCGCUGGUAAUCCACGAUACCCUGAUGACUUCCAGGUGAUUUGUCACGUGGAAAUGCUGGACCCGAAUGGAAAUCCGUUUCCGCCGAAAUCAUCUUCCGUCUUACAGUCAGAAAGGAGGAACGGUACUCUUGACGAUGUAGUUGAGCAAGCAAAGGAUGUUUGCUCAAGGUUCACGCCACGACCGCGCCGAAUGACUGCGCCGUCUCGUCAGUCUUGCUGCGAGCAAAAAGCACGACCGGAGACCUCUUGCCAACUGGAGGAAACAGCACCUACGAUGCAAGGUUGGUUGUACAAGCAAGGUGGCUUUGUCAAGAACUGGAAGAAACGAUGGUUUGUCGCGCAGGGUGGAAAAAUGAUGUAUUAUCACGGUAUCUCGGACGCUACGCCUCUUGGCGUCGUGAAUUUGCGGCGCGUGACAGUGCAAAUGUGUGAACCCCAUGAAGUGAACGCGCGAAACAAGUGUCUUCACUUUUUCAAGGUAGUUCCCCGUAGUGCAGACCAGCGCACAUACUUUUUCGGCGCCGAGUCCGAGCAAGACUUGGUGGCUUGGAUUCAUGUGAUUGGCGCUCAGUCCGCUUACUACAUCGUAAAUGACGUGCUGUCACGACGACCUUUCAUGCCGCACAACAAUACGUUUGCUACUCGCGCGUCAUAUCAGCAGGUGCAUCAGACGCCCCAUCGCGAAGAAGAUCGGCAUCGUCGCGCCAGCAGCGACCGAAGCCGUAGUUAUCAUGUGAGUGACACAAGGUCGUCGCUAUCAUCGAUCGCUUUCGAGGACAGUAUUCGGUCUGAGGCAUCAGACACUGUACGAUCAAGCUGGAGCGAUAAUGGGGGACGCGAAAGCAUGCUGAGUAAUUUGUCUGGGGACGCCGAGCGUGCGAGGAAGUUCCGUAUACAGUCGUUCACGGACUACGAUGAUCACGAGGAAGACCGAUUGUCAUCAACCUCAGCUUCUGCUGUGGCUCGAUGUUUGCCAGCCGAACCCGUUGGUGAUCUGAUGAAUACGCUUUCGGUGCGAGAGCAGGCUUUGCUUCUUCAAGAAAUUAAUGGAUUUGAGGCGGGGAUAUACAUUUAUUCGGCGGACGAGCUCCUGGAGGCUGCACAAUUACAGAAAUACAUGCGCGAGACGCCGAGUACAAGCUUUCACACUGGUUCAGAUCCUCACUCGGCUGCUGAUGGGCUCAAACAUCCAAGCACGCUAAGUCGCCAGCUACGUCACUAUGUGGCGCAGAAACAAAUGGGAUACGCUGAGCAGUUGCUUAUCGAGCUUGUGCUUACCAAAUUUCCGGGGCUCAUUGAUGCUAUGGACCACGAUCCCUUGGCAUUUACUCGGCUAAUUGCCAGUGGCGACAUUGAGCUAGCUGGACAUAGACUGCAAGGGUAG